GCUCCGCAUUUAUUGUACAUUAUAACAAUAACCACGUGCUAUACUGAAGUUUAUAAUCAUAAUACAUUAUUACACAUAUUUUCAUUGAAAUAUAAUCCGAAUUACAAAAAUAACAAUUGUAUUUUAUAUUUUAUAGAUUUGAGUUAAAAAGAAAAAGCAAAAAUGAGUGUUAACAAAGCAAAAUUAUCAAAAAGUAUUUUAGAAAUGAAAUUCAUGAAACGGACGAAAGAAAAAGUAGAGAAACAGCAAUUUCAUGAAGAAGGUGAGGAAUAUUUUGGAAAUGAACUGACAAAACGUAUGAAGAAAGAUUCAGAAAGAUUUAUCAUUGAACCUAGUUAUAUGUUCUGUGAGAAGUUAAUCGAUGGCAGAGUAAGUUUUCAAGGAAUGAAUCCUGAAAUAGAAAAAUUCAUGGAAGAGGAACGGAACGAUGAACAUACGGAGAUGGAAGAAAAACAAGAAGCAGAUAUUUCAGAUGAACAAUUGGCAAAAAAUUGGAAAAAUUAUAGGAAAAUGACAAAGAUUGAACAUAAAUAUGAAAAGUUAUUAAAAAAACAUAAGGAUUAUGAACUAUCACCAAAGAAACCAAAGUUUUUGAAACCACAAUAUUAAUAUUUGAUAAGAAUGAUUUAUAUGUGUAUAUAAUUAAUCUUAAUAGAAAUUUUUAUGUAAAUAUUACUUGCUGAAUUGAAUACUAGUUUCUAAGGUAAUUGUAUAAUAAUAUGUAAUAUAUAUAUAUAUAUACAUAUAAAAUAUUGACAUAUUUUAUGUAGGUUACAAUAAACUUUUUAUUACUAAGAUUUAUAA